AUGUCAAUCUCCCGAUUGCUGUUGGACAACGGAGCAGAUGUAUCAUUGCUCAGUUGUGAAAUGGAACUCCCAGUGGAUGUGUCCCAAAGUGAAACAGUCACCGAUCUACUCAAUGAAACGAUGCGAGCUCGCGGUAUAGAUCCGGCUGUGGCUCGCCAGUCCGAAGAACAUUUGUUGUUGCGUGAUGUCAAACAAAUGUUGGACACGGGAAAAUACGAUCUGUUGACUAAAUUCUGCCGCAUAAUUGUACUCGUCUAUACCCCGGGGCCCGUCUAUGCACUACCGGGUCGGGCCAAAAGCUGGGACACCGAGGAUCCGGACUGUGUUCGGUUUCUGUUUCAGAUCACAUGCUGA